AUGGAUACUUCAACGGAUGCUUCAUCUAGUUUUGCGAGUAAUAUUAAUAAUGCAAAUGAUAAUUCUUCAUCAUCGAAUAACAGUGCAAAUAAAGAUACCGGUUUUGAAUGCAAUAUUUGCUUAGAGACAGCACAUGAUGCUGUUGUAUCUAUGUGUGGACACUUAUUUUGUUGGCCAUGUUUACAUCAAUGGAUUGAAACUAGAGCGAAUAAUCCUACAUGUCCUGUAUGUAAAGCCGUUAUAUCGAAGGACAAAGUGGUACCACUUUAUGGUCGUAAUGCACCUCAAAAAGAUCCAAGAGAAAAUGUUCCUCCUAGACCAGCUGGACAACGUCAAGAAGCGAGGCGAAAUCGAAGUUUUGGUUUGGGAGAUGGUGUCAAUUUUCAAAUGUCAUUUGGAGUGGGUGCAUUUCCAUUUGGACUAUUUACUACAUUUAAUUUAAAUAAUAGUGAUGUACGAUCUCAAACACCUCCAUCUGGUACACCCGAUCGAGCACAUCAUGAAUUUUUAUCUCGAGUUAUUCUCUUUAUGGCUUUAAUUUUACUUAUUUUUAUUUUAUUUUUUUGA